ACAUUAAUAUUAAUAAUACACUAAUAAAACAAAAAGACCAUAACCUUUCUCUUCUCUCAAACAUCAAACCCAAAAACUCUGCAACAAAGCUUCGCACUGCACCCAAAGCAAGUCAACAAGGCCUAUAAAUAUGGGAAAUACGGAGUCAACUUAUGAAUCUCAAGAUAAUUUUUACCAACAACCCCCUUCUUAUGCUGGGAGUUCAGUGAAUAAUAGAUAUGAUCAACCUUCUCCUUAUGUUGGGAAUUUGGAGGAUACUACCAAUCAUCAAACCCCUUCUUACGGCAGGAGUUCAUCAAACACUAGCUAUCACCAACCCUCUACCUAUGCUGGGAGUUCAGCAAAUAAUCGCUAUCAACAUAAGCGGCAACCCACAUAUAUAGCUGACCAUUUCAGUUCAUUGGAUCAGGUUGUUUCUGCACUGAGAGAAGCUGGUUUGGAAUCUUCAAAUUUAAUACUUGGUAUUGACUUCACCAAAAGCAAUGAGUGGACAGGCAAGCACUCAUUCCGGCGAAAAAGCCUUCAUCAUAUUGGAAACACUCCUAAUCCAUAUGAGCAAGCAAUCUCUAUCAUUGGCCAUACUCUGUCCUCCUUUGAUGAAGAUAAUCUAAUACCAUGUUUUGGAUUUGGUGAUGCUUCUACACAUGAUCAGAAUGUAUUCAGUUUUUAUCGUGAUGAUAGAUUUUGUCAUGGUUUUGAGGAAGUACUUGCACGCUACAGAGAGAUUGUUCCAUACUUAAAACUGUCAGGUCCAACAUCAUUUGCCCCUGUAAUUGAUGCAGCAAUUGACAUGGUGGAAAGGAACAAUGACCAAUAUCAUGUUCUUGUCAUCAUUGCUGAUGGACAGGUUACCAGAAAUCCGGAUACACCACAUGGAAAGCUUAGUCCCCAAGAACAAGCAACCAUUAGUUCGAUCAUUGCUGCAAGUCACUAUCCUCUCUCAAUUAUUUUGGUUGGAGUUGGUGAUGGACCAUGGGAUGAGAUGCAGCACUUUGAUGAUAACAUUUCUGAGCGCUUAUUUGACAACUUUCAGUUUGUAAACUUCACAAAGCUCAUGUCCGAGAACACAGAAGCAUCAAAGAAGGAAGCAGCAUUUGCACUAGCCGCCCUUAUGGAAAUUCCAUUUCAGUACCAGGCCGCCCAAAAUAUACAACUUAGCGAUAGAGAAUCAGUUCGUCAUCAACGUAAAAGGCCUCUUCCUCCACCAAAAGAAGUAAUAGAUCAUGAUAAUGCCCUCAUGGCAAUUCCGCGCAUGACAAAUUUCGAAUCAGUUGAAUCAAUGGCUCCAGCAGGUCCGGAACCGGUUUGCCCCGUUUGCCUAACCAAUCCGAAGGACAUGGCUUUUGGAUGCGGUCAUACUACUUGCAAGGAGUGUGGCUCGACAUUAUCUUCAUGCCCUAUGUGCCGGCAGCAAAUUACAACUCGCCUGAGAUUAUACACUUGAGUGUUUAUUCAAUAAGUACUGCCGCCAUUGAUCAUGGAUAAAUAGUGUUAACCAUUAUACCAUUUCCUACCAUUUUAACUUAAGGAUGAGAUGUAUAGAGAUGUGUAUAAAAUUGUUCUUAAAACAAAUUGCUCAUUAACUAAGAAAAAAAAUUGCUGAAAGUUAAUUUCACAGAAUUUGAAAUCUUUCAAUUUACAU